AUGGAUCGGCCUCAACCCCUCCAACCCAUCGCCCCGAAGACGGGGUCAGCCGCCGAGGAGCGACCGGGCAAGAGAAAGAGGGUUCAUCUUAGCUGUACAGAGUGUACAAAGAAAAAGGCCAAGUGCGAUAGAGCUCUGCCUUGCGGGACAUGUCAAGCACGAAGAAUACCGGGUCUAUGUUCGUACCUGAUCGCAGGGAAUUAUGAAGUCGCUGUCGACACGAGGGACAGGUCGAUAGAUGUUCAACAACGGCUGGAGAGGGUCGAGCAGAUCUUGUUGGGUAAUAGCAACGAUGGUAGUAACGGUGACCACGGGGAACAUCGAUCGAGCUACAACGCAGCAACGGCACCUCACCCCAUCUCGGCGAAUCACAACCAUAACCCAAACCACGGAAGGAUCUCACACGAGAAGUAUUACGGUCCUUCAGCCUUGUUCACGGUGGAUAAACCGCCGGUAGUCUUGAUUCCCGACGACCAGACCAAUAUUGCCGAUACUGGUGGACGGGGCGGGAGGAGUAUCGAUGGACCGAUCGCGGCAGCCCGAAGGGCGUUAGGGGAGUUGUACGCUUUCUUGCCUUUUCCGGCCGAGCGGGAAAGGUUGUUGAAUCAUUAUUUCAGGACGAUAAAUAUGACCCGGUUCCCCAUCCAGGAAACGAUCUUUCUCGACCAUCACCGUCGAAUAGGUCUCCAGCAAUUCGACCCUUCUGGACAGGAUACGGCCGAGAUCGUGCACUUUAUGCCGUUACUGUUCAUCGUCUUGGCAAUCUCGACUCUGGCGGACCAGUCACAGCCCAAGGGAGCGAGACAAGAUGCCGCGGAGAACCUAUACGAAGCGUCAAGACGGGCGACGGCGGUGUCUGAUACGGUUUCACAAGGAAACACUUCCUUGUGGCUGGUCGUAGGGGACAUACUGGUCGCGAGGUACUUGGUACUGUCGAGACGAGCAUCGGACGCCUACGUUUCGGUCGGAACGGCUGUCAGGAAGGCUCAGGCGAUAGGUCUGCAUAGGACGACGUCGAUCGUCAGGGGGAUAACGGACGAGGUCGCAGAAGAAAGAAGACGGGUCUGGGCAUGUGAGCCGUCAUCAAUUCAAGACGAUGACUGCGACGCACUCCCUCCGACGGAUACGGCUGAAAGUUCUAGCGUAUCGUAUGGAUUUGCCGAGACUAGAGAGGAACUCGACUCGGUAUUCGCGUUUGUGCGUUUUCGGUCGACUCUGGCCACGAUCAUGGGAUUGAUCGUGAAAAACGCGUUCCGUCUGGCGCCAAGUGGAUAUGACGAGACGCUCCAACUAGACCAAGCUCUGGAUCAAUGGAGGCAAAAGUUGCCAUCGUCUUUCCAAGUCAUCACUCGAGCGGAUUCCAACUUGUCGUUCUUGGGAGCAUCGAAAACGCAUAUCACGAGGCGGUUCAUCCUCUCGACAGACUAUAAUUUCGCACGCAUCGCACUGCACCGUCCGCAUCUGGUCACCCGCGCUCGAAGUACCUGGCCUACGGAUCAAUGCCAACCGAGUCUCGAAGCGUGUUACAAGUCGGCGAUCGAUGAUCUUUGGGCUAGGGCGGUGAAUACCGAGUUGGGAAUCAAGGACGUUAGCAUGGGCACAUAUCGUAUCACGACAUGUGCUGUCAUCUUGGGGAUGAUCAUGCUCAUCGACCCGACCGACGGUCGACUCGGCGUCAUCCGCGAGUGCCUGCAACGUUUCGUUUCUGUCCGCCGCAAACACGCCAUUGCCGACGAGACGAAUAUGAAAGAUCUGGCUUUGCUGGAACUGGUAGAGUCAAAAGCGGCAAUGGGGGUAGCAGAGACGAGAGCACCCAACCUGUCCAACGUUGUGACGGCUCGCGAGAUCGAUAAUUCGGCAAACCAGUAUCUUCCGGACCAAGGAGACCUCUUCGGAUUCCCAGAGUCUUCCUCUGCAUUUUUGAAUCACGAACUCGACCUUGAACUGUUCACGGCGUUUAUGUCGCAUUUUGGGAGCGAGUAG